UACUCUUUGUGUUCCGAGGAAUCCAGACCCGGAUCCCUUUAAAGCCAAGGCCAUCCUCGACAGCAACAUCGUUAGCAUCGCCCCAUUCAGCUCACCAUGGCGCCGGUCAUCCGGCCCAGAUAUGGCCGCAUUCCCAAAGACAAGUUCGCAGCCUAUUUCGGCCCUCUCAAAAGCCAGCCGUACAACGAAUCGACUGCCAGGGGCGGCGUUGGGUCUCAUCACAGUCUUCGAUCCAUUGCAUGGAACCCUCUUGGUAGUCUGGUCGCCACGGGCGCCGCUGACAAGACGUUACGUGUCUGGAACCCUGAAAAGCCUAAUGUCCGUUUUUCCACUGAGCUUAAAGGUCACUCAGCGGGAAUCGAGAAAAUAGCCUUCAACCCCGUCAAGGAUGCAGAGCUUUGCAGCGUCAGCAGCGACGGCGUUGUCAAGCUCUGGGACGUGAGGACAAAGGCGUGCGUGAACGAGGUGAAGGGUCUCGGCAGUGCCCACACCCUUGCCUGGGCCCCUGACGGCUCUUCGCUCCUCGUAGGAAACAAGAGUGGUGAGCUUUUCCAGAUAUCGCCCGUCAAGUCAGCCAUAGUCUCGUCCUCUCAGCAGCCGACCGAGACGAAUCAAAUGGCCUUCUGUUGGAGCGGAGAAAAAGUCUUUUUGCCGACCAAGGACGGUAAGAUACGUAUCCUGUCAUAUCCCGAGCUGGAACCGGUUCUUCACGUCAACCAUGCGGUUCAGCCAGGAGAAUCUACAGAGUUCAUGUUGAAGGGGCAUACCGCCUCGUGUUUGACGGUGGAACUCUCGCCGACCGGGAAGUACCUCGCCACUGGCGGAGCAGAUUCUAUCAUAGCUCUCUUUGAUACCAAGGACUGGAUAUGUCAGCGCACCGUCUCCCGCAUGGUCGGUCCAGUUCGCAGCAUAAGCUUUACAUUCGAUGGCAGUUAUGUCGUCGGCGGGUGCGAAGAAGGCUCUGGCUUGGAGGUCACGCAUACCGAGACUGGGGAGCACGUCUACACGUUCAAGUCGGCGGGGCCUUGCGAAGCGGUUGCUUGGGCUCCCUCGAGAUAUUGUCUCGCUUACAGUGAUUUAGGAGUGCUGCGCAUUGUCGGCCUUGACGCGGACCGGAAAUGAGUGCCAGCUGUGAUUUCAACCGGUCUUCGCGCGA